AUGGCUUAUAUGCCUUAUCCAAAGGGACCCUCUCACUUGAUGGAAUACAUUCGAAAGUAUAUCUUCGAGAGGAUCUCCAACAAUUCGAUCAUAACCAAGCCUUAUUCGGCCAACGAGGAAGAGGACAAGGUCAUCGUGGAGGAAGAGGAAACUUUCGAGGAUAGGGUCCUAAUUCUUUCACACAAAACCGAUCUCGAAAUAGCGGUUCAUCUCUCACAUAAUGUGUCAAUUCUGUUGAUCUCCAUUAUAUGGUACAUCAAAUCCUCCACACUAAUAAAAAAAACUCCUCCCUUGCCCCCGGGCCCACGCGGCCUACUACCAAUCCUCGGGUAUUUGCCGUUUCUCGCCAAAGAUUUCUUCACCGAGCUAACCGAAUUGAGACACAAAUACGGCCCAAUAUUCAAGCUCCGUCUCGGCAGCAAACUAUGCGUCGUGAUCAGCUCACCGUCCCUCGCGAAAGAGGUCCUCCGAAAUCAGGACUCCGUUUUCGGACAUCGAGACAACAAUGUCGCGGCGUUUGUCGCGUCUUCCGGUGGAAACGACAUUGUGUUCUCGGAGACGAAUCCCCAAUGGACUAAAAUGCGGAAAAUAUUCGUUCAAGAAAUUAUGAGCACCGCAAGUCUAGAGGCGUCCAACAAUCUCCAUAGGGAUGUCGUCAGAAAGGCCGUCAGGCAUAUCGGAGCCGGUUCAGGAAAGCCCGUGAAAAUCGGUCAGUUGACUUUUCGAAUCGAGCUUGAUGUCAUACUGAACAUGCUGUGGAGCGGUGAGACGCUCGGGGCGGAACAAGGGGAUACGAUCGCGGAGGAGUUCUUUUCCGUGGUCACGAAGCUUAUUGAUCUAUUGGGAAGACCGAAUAUUUCCGAUUACUUUCCGGUUCUUGCCCGGUUCGAUAUUCAAGGAGUAAAGAAACGGAUGGAGAGUUAUCGGAAAUCCUCCCACAGGAUCUUCGACGUUGUUAUUGCCGAACACAAAAAGAAGACGUCUUCCGGAGAAAUCAAGAAAGAUUUUCUCCAGAUUCUGUUGGCGCUUCAAAAGAACGAAGAUUCGCGCAUAUCAAUCAAUGAUACACAAAUCAAGGCCAUAAUGAUGCAAUUCGAUAUAACACAGGAGUACUGA